AUGUCCACACCGCAGUACAGGCCUCCGAAGGAAAUUCAAGAUUUGCUAGACAAAAAGGAGCAAGAACAGGCAAAUCAGCGCAGGCGCACCGCUGUGCUUCCCAAACGCUCGUGGAUUCAGCGGAACCCACGCCUGUUCCAGAUCUCCUUCCUCACCGGCUCACUGCUGAUCUUUUUCUCCAAGCCCCUGUACGACUGCUUUAUUGCCGAUCCGCUGCCGCCGCCGGAGGUCAAAGUGCCGCCUCACAAGCGCUGA